AUGGCCUCAAGUGUGCAAAAGUUCAAGCUCGUAUUCUUCGUCCCUCCUUCCGCCGUCAACGUCUGUAAGACCGCUAUUUUCGGUGCCGGCGCAGGACGUUUCCCUGGCCCAGCCGGCUACACAGAGUGCUGCUUCACCAGCAGAGGAACAGGUCAGUUCAGACCAGGCGAUGCUGCCAAUCCACAUAUUGGUAAGGUUGGUGAACUGGAGGAAGUAGAUGAGUAUAGAGUCGAGGCCAUAUGUGUGGGGCGUGAUACAGCUGUCAAGGCGGUGGAAGCACUAAGGAAAGCACAUCCAUACGAGGAACCAGCAUACGAGGUGUACAAGAUGGAGGAUAUGUAA